AUGACAUUAACUUUCAACUUAAUUGAAGAAUCAAUCUGUUGUACUCGAAAAUUCAUAUCUUUAAUUAUCUUCAUUCAUUUAGUCCCGCCAAGACCUGGUGACGGUGUUUGUGCAAGAGCAACAUGGGCUCGAAAUGGCAUCACUAUAGUUGGUGGCGGUAUGCAAGGAUCUGCAUUCAAUCAGUUAGAUCUUCCUCAAGGAUUCUUCCUUGAUGACAAUCAAACUGCUUAUGUGGUAGAUGAAGGAAACAAUCGUAUAAUGAAAUGGGAGCGUGGUGCUUCGAGUGGUCAACUAGUGGCUGGUGGAAAAGGGAAAGGAAAUCAAAAUGAUCAAUUAUACGUACCCACCGAUGUUGUCGUCGAUAAAAAUGGAACAAUGUACAUUAGUGACUCUGGCAAUAGGCGCGUUCAGCGUUGGUUUCGAGGUGCUCAAAGUGGGGAAACAAUAAUUGAAAAUGUCGUAGCGUCUGGCAUAGCACAAGAUGAUCAAGGAUCACUUUAUGUGGUUGAUUAUGAAAGAGGCGAAGUGAGGAAAUGGCGUGUGGGCGACAUCAAUGGACAAUUGAUCGUAAAAGGGCUUAAAACUCCGCGAUUGCUAUUCGUUGAUCAAUAUCGGUCUCUCUUUGUGACCGAUGAAGGAAAUCAUCGAGUGAUCAAAUUAGAUGCUGGAUCAAUGGAAACCUCGAUUGUUGCUGGUGGAUUGCUGGGUAAUGGCACAGAACAACUUCACUCUCCAACGAGUGUUAUUGUAGACCAAUUGGGAACUGUCUAUGUGGCUGAUACCUUAAAUGACCGAAUAAUGCGGUGGCCACGUGAUGCCAAAUCCGGAAGUGUUAUCGUCGGUGGUCAAGGUCGAGGUUCUCGAUCUGAUCAACUUCACUUUCCCUUUGAUUUGUCAUUCGAUCUUGCUGGAAAUCUCUAUGUUGUUGAUUAUUUUAAUGAUCGUGUACAACUAUUUUCUAUCAACAAGAGUUUGUGUUGA